UCAGUGCGUGCGGGCCCGGUGUGUGGCCGUGUACCGUCUCAGCUCAGCUGAUCGUUUUGCAGUGAUACGAUGAAGACCCAACAUCGACGCGGAAUCGCAGAAGAAACACAAAUUUCCGGUAGUAAAAGCACCGCUAGAUAGCAUCCCGCACUUAAUCCUCUUGUUUGAAAGCAGGCCAAUAUAGGGCCGAGAGCCGAGGGCCGCGAGAGACGACAAUAAGCAUUUUACCGUUAGGUAUACCUACCCUCGAAGCAAAGACGAAUUGAAGAACAAGCCGCCUCUCUGAAUAUAAUAUAAGGCCGGCGACAGCUGCAGUGCGCAGGUAUAGACUUGCACUGCGGCCCGAGGGGGCAACGAGACAUGCUUUUGCAUGGGACUGUCCUCCGCCGUGUGUGUAGCAGAUUCGGCGCAGCAGCGGCCGCGGCGGCGGCGGCAUCAGCGCCGGUGAGAGUUGUGACCUCCUACCUGAGUGGUAGUAGUAGUAGUAGCCUGGUCAGUCGACAGUACGGAUCUCUAGCAGCGUCUGCUCUGUUGCAGUCGCAUCAGCCAAACAGGGCAGUAGCUUGUCUGUCUCGUCGUCACCGACGCCUCGUCAUCCCAGCGAAUCCUCGUCGUACUUACAACAACGCGUUAUUCCAAGCGUCGCGUGCACUCAGCAGCGAAGCCCUUGCAGCAGCAGCAGCAGUAGCCGAACGUCCCGUAGACGAUCCCAGAAGGAAAAUGUCAAGCGAGAAGAAGCCUUUUCACCGGCUGCCGACCAACGUCAAGCCGCAUCACUACAAAAUCGAACUGCAGCCGGACCUCGUUGGCUUCACCUUUGACGGCAAGCAGGAUGUUUCUAUUGAGGUCGUCGAAUCCACCAACACAGUAAGCUUAAAUUCCUGUGACAUCAAUAUCAAGUCGGCUGUCUACAAUGAUGGCACUGGAAAAACCAUUCAGGCAAAAGAUAUUGCAACCAAUGCUGAAAAUGAAACUGCCUCGAUUAUUUUCCCAGAGCAAUUGCCACUUGGAAAAUCUGGCUUCAUACGCAUGGAAUUCAAGGGUGAAAUAAAUGACAAGCUGAAGGGUCUUUAUCGCAGCAAAUACACCAGCCCUGAUGGUACUGUCAAACAUGCGGCUGUUACUCAAUUCGAAGCUUCGGAUGCAAGAAGGUGCUUUCCUUGUUGGGAUGAACCAGCUCUGAAAGCUACUUUUGAUAUUUCCUUGGUUGUGCCAAAUGACUUAGUGGCACUUUCAAACAUGCCAGUAAAGUCUGCCACACCAGCUGGUCAAAAUUUGCAAACUCUUGCAUUUGAAACCACACCAGUAAUGUCCACUUACUUGGUUGCCAUUGUGAUUGGCGAAUUUGACUACAUUGAAGAUCGGAGCAGUGAUGGCGUUCUCGUGAGGGUUUAUACUCCUAAAGGAAAGCAAGAACAAGGUCGCUUUGCUCUUCAUGUCGCCACCAAAGUACUUCCUUAUUACAAAUCAUAUUUUGACAUACCAUACCCACUGCCAAAGAUUGACUUAAUCGCCAUUGCUGACUUCAGUGCAGGAGCAAUGGAAAAUUGGGGUUUAGUUACUUACCGCGAGACUUGUCUUCUCGUCGAUCCUCACAAUACCUCGGCUGUUGUUAAACAGUGGAUAGCUCUCGUCGUCGGUCACGAGCUAGCUCAUCAAUGGUUUGGAAAUCUCGUUACCAUGGAAUGGUGGACCCAUUUGUGGUUGAACGAAGGAUACGCAUCGUUCGUAGAAUUUUUAUGCGUAGAUCUGCUUUUCCCAGAAUACGAUAUUUGGACGCAAUUUGUUACGGACACGUAUAUAAAAGCGUUGGAGUUGGAUGCGUUGAAAAACAGUCACGCAAUCGAAGUUCCUGUUGGCCAUCCUUCGGAAAUCGACGAAAUUUUCGACGAUAUUUCGUACAACAAAGGUGCAAGCAUCAUUAGGAUGCUUCACUCGUACAUAGGAGACGAUGAUUUUAGGAAGGGUAUGAAUUUAUAUUUAAAGCGACACUCGUACGCUAAUGCACAAACAGAAGACUUAUGGAAUGCCUUGGAGGAAGCGAGCAAGAAGCCCGUAGGACACGUCAUGUCAACGUGGACCAAACAACAAGGUUUUCCUUUACUUAGAGUAUCUGAGAAGCCUUCUCCAGAUUCAAAUAAAAGAGUACUUAGUUUUACGCAAGAACGAUUCCUCGCCGAUGGUUCUGCAGACAAAGACAAUAACCUGUGGGUUAUUCCAAUCACAGUAAGCAUGUCUCAGGAUCCGAAAAAGAUCACGAAAAAGUUCAUUAUGGAAAGCAAGACAAAGGAUAUCGAAUUCGAAAAUAUGUCCAAGAGUUCCUGGUUCAAAGUGAACCCUGGAACGGUUGGCGUGUACAGAACGCUUUACAGUAACGAUUUACUCGAGAGCUUUAUGUCUGCCAUUAGAGAUCAAAGUCUGCCACCUCUAGACCGCUUAGGACUUUUGGAUGAUCUUUCUGCCUUAUCCCAGGCAGGUCACAUUUCGAGCGGAGAUGUUUUAAAGAUGAUGGAAGCAUUUAAGGGCGAAACAAAUUAUACCGUAUGGUCCAGCAUAGUCAAUUGUUUGAGCAAAGUAGGAAUUCUCGUGUCGCAUUUAGACAUUCACGCCAAGUACAAAUUAUUCGGAAGGUCGCUUUUGCAGAAUAUUCAUUCUCGUUUGGGUUGGGAUAAGAAACCUGAAGAAAGUCAUUUGGACACCCUACUCAGGUCUUUGGUUCUUGACCGUAUGAUAUCGUUCGGCGAUGAGGCCACGAUCAAAGAAGCACAACGACGCUUUGAAGCUCAUGUAGCUAAGAAGGCGAUUUUACCAGCAGAUCUUCGAAGCCCCGUGUACAAAGCAGUAUUCUCUGCUGGUGAUGCCAAUACGUUUGAAACGUUACUUAAAUUAUACCGCGAAGCUGAUCUGCACGAAGAAAAGGACAGAAUCCUCAGCGCGCUUGGUGCAACGAAAGAUGAGGCUCUGCUGCGCCGAGUCCUCGAGUUUUCGUUGGAUGAAGAAGUCAAGACUCAAGAUACCGUAUACGUCAUAAUGUCGGUUACCAUGACCUACAAAGGCCGAGUACUUGCCUGGGAGUUUUUCAAGAACAACUAUGCCAAACUGAUCGAUCGUUACCAGAGCGGAGUUUUGCUAACUAGGUUAGUCAAGUGCACAACAGAGCAUUUCGUCUCCGAGAGCUACGCUCAAGACGUCGAGGAGUUCUUCAAACAUCAUCCAAUUCCUUGUGCUGAGAGAAACGUACAACAAAGUAUUGAAACCAUAAGGCUUAACGCUGCAUGGCUAAAGAGAGACCAAGAAGCAAUCGAAAAGUUUUUAAAGAAUAUUGAAUAGAUUUUAUACAUCUUAAACUCAAAAUAAGACUUUGGUAAAAAUUACUUGAAACAAAUAGUUCGUAUUUAUUUAAUUGCAUAACUCAAAUUUGAUAAAGUUGUAGUAACUUAUUUGAAUAAUCAGACUAAUGAAAGAUUUGUAAUUCUUGAGCAUACAAAAACAAUAAAUUCAAGUAUUAAAAGAUCAAACUUUUUUUAGGAUGUAAUAAACUAGCAAAUUUGAGCUUGUCAGUUUUAACAUUUUUCUAUCAGUGUAACUAUACAAUAACGUGGUAUAAAUUUUACAGAUACUAGUAAUUUCGACUUUUGAAACAAAUAGAAUGUUUACCAUGUCUUUUUUAGAAUAAGAAGAUAAGAAAGAUAGAAGUUCUUAAAAUGUGGCCUAAGUACAGAAUGUAAAUCACUUAAAUAUUAAUUAUACGUUUUAAAUUAAAGCAUUUUAAUUAUUAUAAUUACGAUUAUUGUCGUUGUUGUUGAUGUUGUGUUUAUCAUUGUUGUUGUUGUCAUAUGAAAAACUUUUCAUACAAUCAUGCUAUACUGCACUGCCAAACGUAUUAUAGCAAUCAUGCUUACAAAUCUUGUAAAACGAUUGCUUUCACAAUUCAGAUGGUUUUAUCUAAUUAUGAUACUACGAUCAAACUAUUUAUGUUUAUCAUAACUAUUUUUACAACGAUAAUAUAUUAUCAAAGUAGAA